AUGGAGUAUCGCAAGGUAAUUAUUGUUGGCGGAGGUGUAGCAGGUCUAGGAGCUGCUAAAACAUUAGGUCCAAAUGUUAAUUAUCUAUUAAUUGAAGCUCAAGAUUAUCUUGGCGGUCGUAUUCUUACAAUUGAUGCAGCUGAAAAUGUUGCUGUUGAUGUGGGUGCUCAAUUUAUUCAUGGAAAAGAAAAAAAUAUUUUAUAUGAAAUUUGUGAACAAUUAAAUUGUAUUAGCGAUGACUCAAAUAAUAUAGAAAAUGGUGUCUUGGUUAUAUUAUCAGAUGGAACGGAACUUGAUUCUGAAAUAAUGCAAAAAGCUAAACUUGUAUGGGAGGAUAUAAUUCAAGAAGCUCAAGCUAAAUUUGGUGAUACAACAAUACCAGCACAUUAUUCGCUUGCUGAUUAUUUACAAAAACAUCUUAAGGAACGUUUAUUAUCUUCAUUAUCUUGUUCAGAUAAUAUAAUCGAUGGACUUAUUGAUUAUUUUAGCUCAAUUGAAUUAAUUGAAAAUGGUUGUCUUUCAUUAUCCGACUUAAGUUUAAUAGAAUACGGUUCAUUUGAAUAUCUCGAUGGCGAAGAUGAGUAUGAAUUUAAAAAUGGUGGUUAUCGUCCAUUUAUUUCCUAUAUGAAAUCUUUCAUACUAGAUGAUAAUCGAAUUCGUUUAAAUUCCGAAGUAAUACGAGUAAAAUAUCUUGAAGAUAGUCAUCAAUUAUUAGUUCAUAUUCGUCAUCAUAAUAAGACGAAUGAAGAAGAAAUAAGUACAAUACUAUGUGAUCAUAUGAUAUGGACAAGUUCAUUAGGAUAUUUAAAAGAAAAUUUUUCAUCAAUAUUUAGUGAUGAAAUUCAACUUAUUGAACAAAAAAAAAAUGCAAUUAAUAAUCUUGGAUUUGAUACAAUUAAUAAGGUUGCAAUGGUUUAUGAGAAAAGUUUUUGGCCAGAAGAAAAUCAUCUAAUUAUUCUGUUACAUACACAAAAACAAAAAUUAUUGACAUUAGUAGAAUCAUUAAAAGCAUUAUUAAAUACAAAGGAAACUGAUAUUCAAACAAUUAUUGAAGCAAUUCAUAUGUAUGAAGUAUUAUCAUCAACAGAGGUUCCUGUUUUGAUCUGUUGGUUUGCUGGUCCCGCUGCUCUUUUAUUAGAAAAUCUUAGUGAAAAAGUUAUUGGUCAAAUUUGUCAUGAAGUUUUAUGUAGCUAUUUGAAUAUAUCAUCGGAGUUGAAUCAACCGAAACAUGUAUUGAAAAGUGAAUGGUAUAAAAAUAGAUUUGUUCGUGGAUCUUAUUCAUAUUGUUCAACAAAAUCUAGAACAAAAGAUCGAGAACAAUUACGAAUUGGUUACGCACCAGAUGGGAUUCCAAGAAUACAAUUUGCUGGUGAAGCAACAAAUGCAAAAUUCUAUGGAACUGUUCAUGGUGCUUUAGAAAGUGGUAUUCGUGAAGGAACUGAACUUUUAUCAAUAAUAAAUAAAUAA